UUUUGUCUUAAUUUGAUUGAUUUUUGGAUUUGGAGUAAGUGAGGGCUGAUUUUAAACUUUAGCUACCUUCCUCGCCUUGGUGGGAAUACGGUGCUGGAUCUCCUUUGUUCUACUUAGCGUGGUUUUUUUGAUCCUCAGGAGUCUAAUUUUCUCCACCAAAAUUGUAGAAAAUGUUUCUAGAGAAGUUUGGAUGCUGCGCUGUUGAAGGAGAAUACUCAAAAGAGUGAUAAUUGCCCGUCAAGUUAUGAUCUUGAUCCUUUUAUGUUAAUGGUCUUCAUCCUGGAGACAUAGUGAGGAAAGCUUGAGAAGAAGGAGCAACUCUUAUGCAACUUUCUUCUAAAACAGAGAACCAGAAGCUUGUGGAAAUUGAAAAGAAGCAAGAUGGUGACAAUGGGCUGUUUGAACGAGUCGAAUCUAGCGAAGGAGCAAGAUGGCAACAAUGGACAGUUUGAAAAAUCUGAAUCUAGCACUUCUGUCUUACCUGAAAGUCAGUUAUUUGAACUGAACAAAAGAAUAAAGCAUCUCGAGUCCAAACUUCAGGAGACCUUGGAAGCCACUAAAGCCAAAGAACAGAAGGUGUGGGAGCUCGAACUAGUACUUAGCAAUACUAAUUUUCCAAAAAUGGAUGGCACAAGUGCCCCCUUAUCAGUCCUUCAAGAGGUGAAUUCUGAACUUGAAGUCCUUCUCAAGGAAAAAAUGGAGGCAGAAAUUGAGUAUUCGAUUCUAAGAACUACCCCAAACUGGAAAACAGUCUCUGAAGAUCACGUCACACUGUUAAACGAGCUGCGGUAUCUCGCUGGUGAUCAAGAACAAAUGAUUCUAAAGCUUAGAGAUGCAGAGGAUAAGACCAUCAAGUUGAGUGAACGGACAGAUGAGUUAGGGGCUUAUUCCAAGGAGCUAGUAGGGACAGAGUAUGUCCUGAGGCAACAACACAUAGUCUGUAAGUUUACUCUCUACUUUAUUUUUCAGCUGAUGCUGCUCUGUGUUAGCUUUGGAUUAUUUUUUAUGAAGUUGGUGUUUCAAUCUGAUGGGGUUGUGCCGACCUAGUUAUCCAAACCAAACCUUUUGUAAUCUUUACUGAGCUUAGCUCUUUUAUUUACCUCUAAAAGUGUUUGUAUUUUUUGGCAUAUGCCCAUUCCUUUUGGUGCAGUUACUUUAUUUAAUUACAAUUCUUCGCAAAGGGAUAAAGAAGAAAAAGUAUGGAGACUAUUAGUGAAAGGGGCUAAUUCAUUUCAUUCCCAUAUAUCAUAAUGAGUAUUUAUACAUUCAUAAUGAACUAUUGACCACUAACAUAAUCCAAAUUUACUCAUUACAAUCAUUAUCACUUAUACAUCCUUAGC